AUAUACCAAACGGAGCCAUAUUUUUUGUUGAAACAUUUUCUUCUUAUUUUAACCAACCACCAGAAAAUGUGGGAAGUUUUUAAUGCUGAAUCUAUUUAAGGAAAUCUCUCUUUAUCCUGAGAAAAAUAAUUUCUCAUAGAGAAGUAGAACUACUUAUUUUGCUAGCCUUAUGUUUGGCUGUUCUUAAAAGUUAAAUUUCUAGGUAUUAAGUUUUGUCAGGAAAUAAAAUUAAUUUUAAGAACAUUGGAAUAUACUCUAAUAUGGCUUGUUGUGAUGGUUAAGGAUAUAGUUACUUCGAAUAACCACACGAAGCGACUCUAAAUUUACCUAGGAGGGCAUAUUUUGUCAGUUGGCUUUGAACUUUAAGCUCCACUAGAAAAGAGAUGUAUGGUUAAAGAGGAAAAUCAUUUGUACAGAGGAGGUGUUCACAGAACCCAGAAGAGACACAUGAGAUCGGCCCCACGCCGGACCCAUGGGUGAUAAAGAAUUGCAAAAAAUGCCGACCUCCCGCCUCGUGUGUUGUCUGUAGGAUUUCUGUGAAGCCCUAUUCUGUACACGUAGCGGGUUCAUGGUUAAAUGUGCUUUUAUGUGAAUUCUGCCACAUUAUUGGUGUUAUAAUUAUUGAAAAAGAUUGUCUUGUACGUCCUGUUCUUAAGCUUGUUAUAUACUAAUUUAUUGUUCAUUAGCAUUUUUGUGACACUUAAAUUCUGGUAUGGAAUGAGACAAUUGUUUUUGGCUCACCAUUUGCUAUGAAGCAGUGAUCUCUUCCUUGUGUAGUUCAUCUUUUGUGAUUUUUACGAUAAAUUAUAUCAAAAUUGCUACCAAGUAUAUAAGAUCAUGUUAUUAAAUUAAUUUUGCUGAUUCUCGUUUCGAAGAUUUGCUUCGUAAGGACAUUAGAAUGUGUAGUGGAAGAUCUGAGGCGGAUUUGAUCAGCAAUUUACCGGGAAGUAUUAUAGACAAUAUCAUGGGAUGUUUGCCAUUACGAGAUGCAGUGAGGACGAGUAUUUUGUCGAGAGAAUGGAGGUAUAAAUGGGUAACAUGUCCCGAACUCGUGUUUGAUUUUUGGUUUGAUCAGAUGUUUCUUGGAAAUCACAAACUCGAGCAACUCGUGUACCCGAUUCUAAAACUUCAUCGAGGACCCUUAGUUAAGUUUGCCCUCCAGGUCCCGGCUUUCAGAAGUUGCCCCCAUAUUGAUCAAUGGGUUGAUCUUAUGCAAAACAACACUAUCCAGGAUUUCACUCUUCACAUAUCUCGGGGGGACAGCCAUAGGUUACCUUUUCGUAUAUUCACUUUUCACCAGCUAAGAAAGUUGAAACUUUAUAAAUGUGUAUUCAACCCUCCACCGGGAUUCAAAGGAUUUAAUAAGCUUUUGAAUCUCGAUCUUCAGAAUGUUGACCUUGUGCACGAAACAUUUGCAAGCUUUAUCUCAGCUUGCCGGAUGCUUGAACGGUUGAGGAUGAUUGACUGCACCAGUUUCGAUUGCCUUGAAAUUGAUUCUCCCAAAUUGAAAUUUCUAGAAUUUCACGGGGUAUUCAGAUUCAUCGCUUUCAAAAAUAGCCCUCUUCUUGAGGAAGUUUCUAUAUCUUUCUCUUCGAUGGAGUUCAAAACAGGAAAAUCCUUCUCGUCCAAUUUAAUCGACUCUCUAAGUUGUCUGCCUUCCCUUGAGAAACUGCAUCUGCAGGCUUUCGCUUUGGAGGAACUCGCUGAGGAUGGUUUACCCAGAAACCUUCCGGUCACUUUGAAAACUCUGAAAAUUCUUCAUCUCUCUGAUAUGUAUUUCGAAAAAAUUGAGGAGAUCUCUUGUGUUCUUUGUUUGAUUAGAAGCUCUCCCAAUUUACAGAAGCUUAAAAUCACAGCAUUCACCUUCGAUGUUGUGGAAUCUGUGGGAGAAUAUCUCCGAGCACAAAAGAGCUCUGAUUGCUUGUUGGCCCAGCUCAAAACGGUGGAUAUGCUACUUUUCUCAGGGGUCGAGCCCGAAAUGGAAUUUGUUAAAUAUCUUCUGGCAUCCGCAACUGGACUUGAAGAAAUGGCAAUUUUGCCCCAUUCUGGUAGCGUCUCUGAUGGAGGUGAGUCGAUAUUGAAUGAACUUACCCCCCCCCCAAACAAUUUUAACAACCACCAAUUUGUGAAAAUAAUAUAA